AUGUCUUGUUCUCCUAAUAUAGGUAGUGUCGACCUUGAAUCUGUACUUAAUGUUAGUCGACGAGCAUUAUCAUCAAUUGAUGAAACAAGUUUACCUUAUCAACAUUAUCGAUAUACAGAUACAGUUUAUUUAAAACGUGAAGGUAAUUCUAAUUCAUUAUUUUCAAUUGAUUCUAAAAUACUUAUUUUCGGUGAAUUACAAUUUCUAUGCAAUAUAUUUGAACGUUAUAAAUCGACUAUAACUGUUUAUGAGAAUUCAAGUGAAUCAGAUUCGAAUAAAGCAAAUUUAUCAGUCACCUCUAAAGAAAAUAAAACUAUUGAUGAGAAUGAUACGAAUGCAUCAAACAUUGUUUCAACAGGUACUACAAUUAGACGUAAAUCUAUAAGUACGUUUGGACAUUCACAAAGGGCUCCUUCAAUAACUGGUGAUUAUUCUGGACAACGUCUUGAAGGUAAACAUUAUGGUUGCAUUGAAUUACCAGAAAUGAAUUUGAUUGAGAUCCUUGAAAUACUUCUACGUACUGGUCUAGAAUUAGUCCAUGAAUUGAAUGAUUAUGAUGGAGAAAAUGUUCUUCAUCAAAAUUUUAUUUUUUCAAAACGACUUUCCAUGUCACAAAAAUCUGGACAAUCACUUCAUUCAAGACGAUCAUCAUUUCUUGGCACUUAA